AUGGAAUUCUGGAGAAGGAAGAAGGAGAAGGGCAAGGCGAGAAAGUGGUUUCUAAGAAAUGGAAGCAAGUUUCUUGAGCAACUUAUAGCCGACAAUAACGGCAUGUCAAACCCUAUCAGAAUGUACAAGGGAGUCAUCGAAGGCAGAUCUUACUUGAUCAAGAGAUUCACAAGGCAAGUGGGUGGAGAAGAAGAGAGUGCUUACAACGAUAUUGUGUUAUCAGCUCGGAAUGGGAGGGCUAAGCUCACUGGUUUCUCGCUUGCCGUUACACUCCCUGAGGGUAAGACGUGGAUUAAAGAUAGAUUGGCUGGAACUUUCGGAUACAUAGAUCCUAUUUAUCACUUAACGGAAAUAGUGUCAGAAUACACAGAUGUGUUCAGUUUUGGAAUCUUGAUGCUGGUUCUUCUGAUGGGACGACCACAACUUCUAUCAGAUGGGCACUCAGUUUUUGGUACUAGUAUUCUUAAACAUGUGAAGGAUCUGCAGGAGAGAGGAGAACCUGUUGAGUUCGGGGGUGGUUCGAACGACAUGAGGCCUGGUCAGAUGAGAAUGUGUCUCGACCUGGCACUUAGAUGCUGUGAGGAGAGGAAUGAAGACAGGCCGAAGAUGAUCUUGGUGGCAAAAGAGAUUAAGUUAAUAGAACAAGCAUCAAUUUGA